AUGGUUCUUAAUGAUGUUUCCAUAUUUCUUCGAUCUAUGGGUAAGAGGCUGCAAGAUAUUGAUCUUCCUCAUACAAGCACAGAUCAUCUCGAUACUAGAAGUUGUCGUGAGCUACAAGAAGAAACAUCUAUAGUUGUUCAAGAUGAUCAUCUCCGUGCCAUAGAUUCUCUAAACCCUGAUCAGAAAUUUGCGUAUGACUCAAUCAUGAGGCACAUUGAUGGUAAUUGUCCUAGAGUGUUUUUCAUAGACGGUCCUGGCGGUACGGGGAAAACAUUUUUGUAUAAUGCUUUGUUUGCCGAGGUUCGUUCCCGUGGUCAUAUUUCCCUUGCCACAGCUUCAUCCGGUACAACUGCUAAUAACAUGCUUGCAGGGCGAACAACUCACUCGAGAUUCAAGAUUCCUCUCUUCCUCAAUAAUAACUCCCUUUGCAACAUUAGUAAACAAAGUGGCACUGCUCAGCUGCUUCGUAGGGCAAAACUAAUCAUAUGGGAUGAAGCCUCGAUGGCUAAACGCCAAGCGGUGGAGGCAUUUGAUCGAACAAUGCAGGACAUAAUAGGAGUAAGACAACCAUUUGGAAGAAAAAUAAUGGUUUUAGGAGGUGAUUUUAGACAAGUGUUGCAUGUUGUGAAAAAAGGAACUCGCGCACAGAUUGUAGACUCGAGCCUGCGGAUGUUGCCUCUUUGGCCUGGGAUCAAAAAAAUGUGUUUAACUAUAAAUAUGAGAGCACGAACUGAUCCAUGGUUUUUAGAUUACCUAUUAAGAAUUGGUGAUGGAGAAGAAGAGGUGAUCGAUGGAAUCUUUAUUCGAAUACUGAUAUGA